AUGGCGCCGCUCCCUCCCGUCGACCUCUCUGCUCUUCCCGCCCAGUUUGGCAGCGCCGUCGAGGCCAUCCGAAAGGCUCUCCCCAAGGAGCUCGCCAGCCCGCAGUGGGGCAUCAUCUGCGGCUCCGGCCUAUCUGGCCUGGCGUCGUCGCUCGAGGACAAGGUGGAGCUGCCCUACACCGACAUCCCUGGCUUUGCCGAGUCGACCGUCGAGGGCCACAAGUCGUCUCUGGCCUUUGGCUUCCUCUCGCAGGCCGACGAGGCGGAUGCGGCCAAGGUGGUGCGCGUCCCCGUCGUCGCCUGCUUGGGCCGCUUCCACACCUACGAGGGCCACUCUGCCCAGGCCUGCGUCUUCCCGGUCCGCGUCAUGCGCUGUCUGGGCGUGAGCGCCGUCGUCGUCACCAAUGCCGCCGGCGGCCUCCACCCCGACUUUGAGGUGGGCACCAUCAUGGCGCUCCACGACCACCUCUCCCUCCCCACCCUCACCAGCAUGAACCCGCUCAUCGGGUCCAACCUGUCGGCCCUCGGACCCCGCUUCCCGCCCCUCUCCAACGCCUACGACGUCGAGCUGCGCCUCUCGCUCUUCCGCGCCGCCCACCGCCUCGGCAUCGACGACGCUUCCAUGCAGCAGGGCACCUACGCCUACGUCCUCGGACCCUCGUAUGAGUCGCGCGCCGACGCCCGCUUCCUAAAGACGGUCGGCGCCGACGCCGUCGGAAUGUCGACCGUGCCCGAAGUCAUCGCCGCCGCCCACUGCGGCAUGCGCGUCCUCGCCAUCUCGCUCAUCACCAACAAGGUCGUCCUCAGCCCUUAUUUUGACACCCGAAAGGCCCUCAACGACGAGCUCCGAAACUCGGCCAAGACCACCGACGCAUCAGAGCAGAUCCGGGCCGAUAAAAACGAGGCCGCCAACCACGAAGAGGUCCUCGAAGUCGGCCGGAUCCGCGCAGAGGACAUGCGCAAGCUCGUCCAGUCGGUCGUCUGCCAGACUGUCCUCUAG